AUGGAGUAUUGGGUCGCCGGUUUGUGGGUCUUGAUAACCGGAGUUGUUAUCCGGUUAUGGCUCUGGUUUAGCCGUAUAAAUUGCUCGGACAAGAAGAAGAAGAAGGGAAUACCAAAAGGAAGCCUUGGAUGGCCGGUGAUCGGAGAAACCCUAGAUUUCAUCUCUUGUGGAUAUUCUUCUCGGCCCGUUAGCUUCAUGGUCAAGCGCACAUCUCUGUACGGAAAGGUGUUCAAGACGAACAUAAUAGGGACACCAAUAAUAGUGUCGACGGAUGCGGAAGUGAACAAAGUGGUGCUCCUAAACCAUGGGAACACAUUUGUACCCGCUUACCCUAAAUCCAUCGAAGAGCUUCUCGGCCGUAACUCCAUUCUCCGCAUCAACGGACCUCUUCACAAGAAGCUCCACACCCUCUUCGGCGCCUUCUUUAGAUCUCCUCUUCUCAAAGACCGAAUCACCCGAGACAUCGAAUCCUCCGUCGAUCUCGCUCUUGCCUCUUGGGCUCAACUUCCCUUUGUUUACGUCCAAGACGCCGUUAAAAAGAUCACGUUCGAGGUAUUGGUUAAAACGUUGAUGAGCAUUGGUCCUGGCGAAGACAUGGACGUUCUCAAGCGUGACUUCGAAGAGUUCAUCAAAGGAUUGAUCUGUCUUCCCCUCAAAUUCCCCGGAACCAGACUUUAUAAAUCCCUAAAGGCAAAAGAGAGGUUAGUGAAAACAGUGAAGAGGAUUGUGGAGGGAAGGCAAAUGGCGACGGAGAGGCAGAAGUCGUCGCCGGCGCCGGCGCCGGCACCGGAGAACGACGCCGUCGACCUGCUAUUGCGGAACUACGAGAAACAAUCUGAUCCGUCCGAUUUCAUCAGCGGGAAGAUCGUGGAGAUGAUGAUCCCCGGCGAAGAGACGAUGCCGACGGCGAUGACCCUUGCCGUCAAAUUCCUAAGCGACAACCCCGUCGUUUUAGCCAAACUCGUGGAAGAGAACAUGGAGUUGAAGAGAAAGAAAUCGGAGUCGGGAGAAGGAUACAGUUGGUCCGAUUACAUAUCUCUCUCAUUUACUCAGAAUGUGAUAAAUGAAACUCUGAGAAUGGCCAACAUCAUUAACGGUGUUUGGAGGAAAGCUCUAAGAGACGUAGAAAUUAAAGGUUACAUGAUACCAGAAGGAUGGUGUGUUUUGGCAUCUUUUAUAUCGGUUCACAUGGACGAAGACAUCUACGAGAACCCCUUUCAAUUCGAUCCUUGGAGAUGGGACAGAAUGAAUGGAACGGCCGGGAACAGCAGCGUUUGCUUCACGCCGUUUGGUGGAGGCCAAAGGCUUUGCCCUGGCCUCGACCUAUCGAAACUCGAGAUAUCCAUCUUCCUUCACCGCCUUGUCACCAAAUACAGGUGGAAGGCCGAGGAGGACGAGAUCGUGUCGUUCCCAACGGUAAAGCUGAAGAGAAAGCUACCGAUCAGGAUUGUAUCUAUCGAUAGUGAUAAUGAUAUAUGAUUAAUCGAAAAUAUAAAUCCUUUAGGAUAUAUAUGUGAUAAAACAAAACAUUGCGUGAGGCUAAUUAUUAUUAUUAUUAUAUAUAUAUAUAUGAAUAUGAGAUAUGGUAUAUUUCCAAUAUUUUUCUCUUGUGGCAAUUAUAAGGGUUGGUUGCAAUGUCGCUUUCCUCUAAUUUAUCAGAUGUAACGCAAGCUGUGUUAUAGUGUUGGACUUAUCGUA